AUGGCCGUCAGCGCGCAGCACCUGCGCGAGCUGAACCGCGCCGGGCAGCACGACGCCGUGAUCCAGCUGUUUGAGAGCGACCGCCUGGCGGCGACGGAGGAGGUGUUUGGGCAGUAUGUCAAGGCGCUGGCCAAGACGGACAAGCUGAACAGUACCGCCCUCAUGCAGACGCUGUACCGCGGCGCGCAGAGCUACAUGGGCCAGCAGGGGGCGGCGGCGGCGGCGGCGCCCAGCUUUGCAGCGCGCGCGGCGGCGGCAGAGGGUGGCGGCGGCGGCGGCUUUGCCGCCUCGGCGCUGCGACCGCAGGGCUUCUCGCUGCCGGGCAUGGGCGGCGCCUUGCUGGAGCCGGCGGCGUUGGGCGCGACGGCUGCUGCGGGGACCGCGCUGGGCUCAGCCAAGAACCCCAUCUACAUGAUGCAGGCGGAGCCCACCUUCUGGUCGCAGCUGUGGCGCAGCGUGCGCAUGCUGGGCCUAGCUUUCCUGCUGAUGGCGGGGCUUGGGGCGAUGGUGGAGGAGCGGGGGCUCAGCAGCCGCAGCAUUCUGAACAACCCAGACCUUCGGCCGCAGUCUGAGACCACCACCAAGUUUGCUGACGUCAAGGGGGUGGAUGAGGCCAAGUCUGAGCUGGAGGAGAUUGUGGCGUACCUUAAAGACCCCCACAAGUUCACCUCGCUGGGCGGCAAGCUGCCCAAGGGAGUGCUGCUGGUGGGGCCGCCAGGCACGGGCAAGACGAUGCUGGCGCGCGCGAUUGCGGGGGAGGCGGGCGUGCCCUUCUUCUACACCUCCGGCUCCGAGUUUGAGGAGAUGUUUGUGGGGGUGGGGGCGCGCCGCGUGCGCGACCUGUUUGCGGCGGCCAAGAAGAACGCCCCCUGCAUCGUCUUCAUCGACGAGAUAGACGCCAUUGGCGGCAGCCGCAACCCCAAGGACCAGCAGUACAUGAAGAUGACGCUCAACCAGAUGCUGGUGGAGCUGGACGGAUUCAAGCCCAGCGAGGGCGUGAUUGUCAUCGCCGCCACCAAUUUCCCGGAGAGCCUGGACAAGGCGCUGGUGCGGCCCGGCCGCUUUGACCGCCACGUGGUGGUGCCCAACCCGGAUGUGGAGGGGCGGCGCCAGAUCCUGGAGGUGCACUUUGAGAAGAUACCGCGGGCCGCGGAUGUGGACCUCAAGGUCAUCGCCAAGGGCACCCCCGGCUUCAGCGGCGCCGACCUGGCCAACCUGGUGAAUGUGGCGGCGCUCAAGGCGGCGCGCGACGGGCACGUGUCUGUGGGCAUGGGCGACCUGGAGUACGCCAAGGACCGCAUCAUCAUGGGCGCGGAGCGCAAGUCGGCCGUGAUCAGCGAGAAGAACCGCAAGCUGACGGCGUACCACGAGGGGGGGCACGCGCUGGUGGCGCUCUACACAGACGGCGCACACCCCGUGCACAAGGCCACCGUGGUGCCACGAGGCAUGGCGCUGGGGAUGGUCACGCAGCUCCCCGAGACUGACGACGAGACGAGCGUGUCGCGGCGCCAGCUGCUGGCCAAGCUGGAUGUGUGCAUGGGGGGGCGGGUGGCUGAGGAGCUCAUCUUUGGCGAGAAGGAUGUGACCACGGGCGCGUCCUCCGACCUGGAGCAGGCCACGCGCCUGGCUCGCGCCAUGGUCACGCGCUACGGCAUGAGCGACAGGGUUGGGCAGAUCUCCAUCAACUACGAGGACGAGGGGCGCAGCCUGAGCAGCGAGACGCGGGCGCUGGUGGAGGAUGAGGUGAAGAGCCUGCUGAGCGCCGCGUACGCGCGAGCCACGGCGGUGCUGAAGCAGCACGAGAAGGAGCUGCACGCGCUGGCGCAGGAGUUGGUGGACAAGGAGACGCUGACGGGGGCGCAGAUCAGGGAGCUGCUGACGCGGGUCAACGGCAAGGGCGGCCGCGCCGCGCCCGCCAGCUGA